ACAAAGUGUGGCUCAAAGCGAGACUAAAUAGCAUUCAAUUCAUUGAUCGAGUGGUGAAUGCAAUCAGAAGUGACUUUCAUUACUUCAUCUCAUUUUGAUGGGAGGAGUGAGUGAAUUGUGAACUCCUAGUGAAUCGACUAAACUAUACGAAAACUAAACUAAACUCUAAAUAGCGUUCACUUAAAGCAGAGAAUCGGGUCUUCAAUGCUAUCCAAUGGAGUGAACGCUAACACAGACUGACUACACGACUAUAACUAUACGCUGAAUGAGUGAGUGUUUAACUACUAUUCAGUAUUCAAUUGUAUUGCAGAUUGUAUUCAACGCUAACUCUGGAAACCAAACCAAACUGUUUGCAACUCUCGACGACUGGUUUGCAGUUAACAUAACUAUAACUAUAUUGAAAACAUAGACAACGCUUUCACUCGAGGGUGCGGUUAAUCAUUGUCUCCACACCAGACACUCAACACAUCCAUUCAUCACAUCCAACACAUCCAAAGUGAAUCAGUGAAUCAUUUUGAAUGCCAUUUGAGACACGCGUGAAGACCGAAGACUCAAUGAUAAUGAGUUCGCAAAGCCAUCACAACAACCAGUCGUUUCUGCAAUCAUAUGGUGUCCAGAAUCCGCAGAUCCGACCCGUGAUCGAAAGGGGCGCGUCUUGGAGUUACAACGAGACCAGAAUCUUAUUGUCUUUAUGGGGACAAGACAUGGUUCAGAGACAACUCACUAAUUCCAAGAGGACUCGACAUGUCUGGGAGAAGAUCGCCGAACGCAUCCGCGAACACGGCUUCGACCGCACGGCCGAUCAAGUGCGGACGCGAGUCUUCAAUAUGAUUGCCGAAUAUCGACGUAUACUUAAGAAUCCGACGCCAGAGCGCAAGAAGAAGUGCAUAUUCUUCGACGCCUUGCAUAAGAUAUAUCAGGCGAAGGACUCGAAUGCCAUCAAAAUGGCACUCAAUAACUAUGAGGAGGAAUAUAACUUCGAACCCAUUGAGUUCAACGCCGGCGACGAGAAUAUGGACGGAACCAAUGAUAACGACGGCGGAGAAGACGACGGAACAGAUGGAGAGGACAAGAGCGAGAUCUUUGCCUAUUCUUUGUCUCCGAGCGCUACUCUUAAUAACAAUGUUGUCACUAAUGGCAACAAUACAAUGGAUUUGCACUCAAAUAAUGAAGAUUCAGUCGACUGUCCCAUCAAUAUUCCAAACGAUGACAUACCAAUGAUUCCGCCGCCAAAAAGGUGUCGAACAGAAGGUUCUAUAUAUCAGGCGAAGGACUCGAAUGCCAUCAAAAUGGCACUCAAUAACUAUGAGGAGGAAUAUAACUUCGAACCCAUUGAGUUCAACGCCGGCGACGAGAAUAUGGACGGAACCAAUGACAACGACGGCGGAGAAGACGACGGAACAGAUGGAGAGGACAAGAGCGAGAUUUUUGCCUAUUCUUUGUCUCCGAGCGCUACUCUUAAUAACAAUGUUGUCACUAAUGGCAACAAUACAAUGGAUUUGCACUCAAAUAAUGAAGAUUCAGUCGACUGUCCCAUCAAUAUUCCAAACGAUGACAUACCAAUGAUUCCGCCGCCAAAAAGGUGUCGAACAGAAGGUUCUGUGAAUCAAUCUCAAUACCAGACAAUGUCUUCAUUAUUCGACAACUCGUCGUCCGCUUUACUUAUUGACAGAAUGUUUGCUCAUUUGUCUAAAGAAACAGAAGUAAUGAGAGAAUGGGUUGGAUUAGAGAGGGAACGGCUCUCACAAGAAGUCUCCCGACGGAAGGAAGAGAACGAGAGAGACGAACGCCGAGAGAAAGCAUUUUUGGCGCAUUUGAUGCGAAUGCAGGAACAGAUGUUCAGCUUUUUAUCCAAACAACAAUUAGUAAACCCGGCGUCUGUGGCCAGUGGUCUCUCAUUGCCAGCCUCUCCAUCACAUUCGGAUCAACACAAAGACUAAAUUCAAUUUUAAAAAGCAAAGAAUCGAUACGAAUCUGUUGUUCACCAAACGUAUCGUUAGUUUAGUAUUAAGGCUACAAUUAUUAGAAGAAAUACUUUCCUUUGUUGUAAGCAUUUUGUCAAUCCAUAGGCAAAAAUGUUGAAUUGAUUUAGUUUUUGAGUUGAAAUUAGUGAAUGCGAUGGCUGUGACACUCAUACGAGAUAAUUGUCUCACCACUUAUUGCUUAGUUUGAAACCAUUACUCAAUUGUAUCAAUUGUUCUAAAGGACAAGCGAUGAUCUGCUGACCAUUGGAUCUAUUCUUAUGUCUUUAAUUUGCUCCGAAAGGCCUCAACCAUUGAAUUUACUGAGUUUUCAAUCAAUUGCCGCAGUAUUUGCUAUCGAUUUGAGUCGAUAUCAUGUCAAUCGUGACAACCAUUUCAUUACUACAACCAAAUCAUUACUUUAUAAAUAGCAUUGAUUUUGUUUAACUUAUUUCGUAAUUCAAUUUAACUGCUCUUUGAUGUAAUUAUUCACAC